AUGGCAGCGAACGCUAACGCCAACAACUUGGAGAACCUAUGGGCUCAAUGUGAGAAGCCCUUCCAAGACCUCUUCACUCAACUGAAGAGUGGUCUUACAAAUGAUCGUUAUAUGAAGAUCUAUACUCAGGUAUACAACUAUUGUUCAUCACAGAAUGACGGUGUGUUGAAGGAGUUCUAUCCAAAGAUCCUGUCUUUGCUUAACGGCAAGGCAACAGAGAUCAUUGAGGGUGGCACUCAUCUCUCAGAGGAUGAGUUGUUGCUCUUCUUUAGAAACAAGUGGAAUGAUUGGAAGUUCUCCACCAGAGUGCUUAAGAGUUGGUUGGAACCAGUCAACAAGAUACAUCAGAGUGAUAAUAGCAACAAGAGCACAAACAUUGGCAACUCUCAGAACCCACCACAGUCAAAGAUCUUGCAGGAUGGUCUCACGGCUUGGAAGCAAGCAGCCUUUGAUAAGAUGCACAACAGACUCACUGGUUCGUUGCUGAGGAUUGUGAAGAAUGACAGAGAGGACAGAGACUCUUCAAAUCUCCAAGUACUCUCAGAUACACUUGAGUGUUAUGUUCAAUUGGGCUCUGAUAAGAACAAGUUGGAUGUUUACCAAGCCAACUUUGAGACCAAGUUCCUACAAGAGACUGAAGCCUUCUACAAGGUUGAGUCCUUGGAUCAUGUCGCCAAGAAUGGUAUCCCAGCCUACAUGAGACACAUUGCAAAGCGUGUGGAGGAGGAGAGAUCGAGAGUGUUGAAGUUCAUGCCAAUCUCCACGUUGGACAAACUCGACCCAUUGCUCAACAAGACUCUGAUCAUCGACUACAAGGAGGAGUUUGCCAACAAGUUCCUCGACUUGCUGCUCGAGAACAAGGAGGACGAGCUGGCAAUGAUGUACAACCUCUUGCUGCGUGUCGACCAUCUCGAGACACUCAGGAUCAAGCUCCAGGAGUUCAUCAAGUCCGAGGGACUCAAGGAGAUUGAGAAGGACCUCAAGGAGGCCCAGGAGAAGCCCCAGGUGCUCGUCAAGAUCCUGCUCGAGGUGUACAACCGCUUCAACAAGCUGAUCAAGACGGCGUUCAACAACGACCCCAAGUUCCUCUCGGCCAUGGACCAGUCUUUCUCGGUGGUCAUCAACAGCAACCCCGCCUCGUACGACCAGAAGAAGAAGGAGUCCAACAUCCCAGUCGUGUUGGCCAAGUUCUGUGAUCAGAUCCUCAAGAAGGGUCCAUACCACAUCAGUGACGAAGCCGAGCUGGAGAACAAGCUGUCAGAGGCUGUCUGUCUGUUCAAGUACCUCCCAGACAAGGAUAUCUUCAUGCUGAACUACCAGAAGUUCUUGUCCAAGCGUCUCGUCGAGGAUCUCUCGGCCAGUGAGGAUGCUGAGGCCUCAAUGAUCAACAAGCUCAAGACCCAUCAAGGUUUCGAUUACUGCACCAAGCUGACAAGAAUGAUUAACGAUAUGAGACUGUGCAAGGAUAUCAACUCCAACUUCCAGAACUACCUCAAUGAGGCAAACCUUACUCUUCCAUAUACGUUCAACUUCUACGUGUUGACUGGUGGAUCAUGGUCAUUGACGAACAAGACCUCCUCAACACCUUUCAAGCCUCCAACAGAGAUGCUUCCAAGUUUAACAUAUUUCGAGAAGUUCUACAAGAACAGCUACAAGGGUAGAGUGCUCAACUUCCUCUACGAUUUCUCCAGAGCAGAGGUCGACUCACGUCAAGUCAGAGGCAAGAUUUACAAACUCUCAACAACUGCAUACCAGAUGGCCAUUUUGUUGAUGCUCAACACCACUGAUAAGGUCACUAGAUUCCAGGUCUUGGACACAAUCGGACUUGAUGAGAUGAACGUUCGUCUGCCACUGCUAUCGUUGAUCAAGUCUGGAAUCAUUGACACUGAUGUUGCCGACCACAAGGAGUGGAACAACGAGACGACAUUCUCAAUCAACACCAAGUUCACAUCAAAGAAGAUGAAGGUCAACUGCAACAUCCCCGUGCAGAUCGGUGACACAAAGACCAGCGAGGGCCAGCAGACCGUGUCCAACACCGAGAUUGAGAAGGAGCGUUACUUCAAGCUUCAGGCGGCCAUCGUGCGUAUCAUGAAGUCCAAGAAGGUGAUGAACCACAACGAGCUCGUCGUCGAGACCACCAACCAGAUGACCAAGUGGUUCUCGCCAAAGAUCCCCACCAUCAAGAAGGCAAUCGAAUAUCUUAUCGAGCAGGAGUACAUUAGAAGAACUUCUGACGAUAACCAAAGCCAGAGGAAGUAUGAAUACAUUGCAUAG